AUGCUUGCCGCAGCUUUCCUCAUCACGGCGCUCACCUCGACGGGCCUCGCCCAGUCCGUCCCGGCAGGUUAUCGCACAGUCUACAUCACUUCCGCCGUGGACAGCAAGUAUGUCGUGCAGCCCAAGUCGGCCACGAGUGGCGGUGCCGUUGUCGUACAAACCCUGACCAACAAGCCCGAGCAGCAGUGGUACAUCCAGGCCGGCAACACGACGAUUCAGCUGGCGAACACGACGCUGUGUCUAGACGCAGGAGCCAAGAGCAAUUGGAAAGACAUGGCCGCUAUCAACCUAAAGACGUGUUCCGGAACCGAACCGGGCCAGCGAUGGGUCGCCAUGACUGAUGGCCGGAUCGCCCUCGGGGGCUCGAGUCCGCAAGAGUGUAUCGACCUGCAGUACAUGAGGGCCACGGCCAACAACCCCGUCGGUCUGUACAGCUGUGCUGGGCUUGGAAAUAUUGGUGCCGCCGACAAGGGCAUCAACUGGCCGCUCGUUAACGCGACUGCCUAGGCCGUCCGCUCGGCGGUAGGGUUGGUUGGGGGGUUGGAUGGAAAGCAAGAGAUGGGAUGGUGGGCUGUGACGAAAACUGGUAUUGUG